CUCUCCCCCCAGGCCUUCUCCGAGCUGCAGGCCAAGGUGAUAGACACGCAGCAGAAGGUGAAGCUGGCCGACAUCCAGAUCGAGCAGCUGAGCAAGACGAAGAAGCACGCCCACCUCACCGACACGGAGGUCAUGAUGCUGGUGGACGAGACCCGCAUGUACGAGGGCGUGGGGAGGAUGUUUAUUCUUCAGUCUAAAGGAGUGAUUCAUAAUCAGCUCUUAGAAAAACAGAGACUAGCCGAAGAGAAAAUUAAAGAAUUAGAGCAGAAGAAGUCGUACCUGGAGCGGAGCGUGAAGGAAGCAGAAGAUAACAUCCGGGAAAUGCUGAUGGCCCGACGGGCGCAGUAG